CUUGUGGGCGGCCGUCAAAAUGUACUCGGGUUUGUCAGACCUGAAGACUUUGAUCACUCAGCUGAAUGCAACUCAGCAAGCCAAUUUGCUAGAGAGCAUUUUUGCAGGUGAAAGAAAAGCAACUCCCGAUGUUGAUCUUGCUCCUCCAGUGGUCAGGACGAUAUGGAUUUUGCUUGCGAUGUCCACGCUUGUGGUGACCACUAGAUUGGCAGUCAAGUACCGAACGACUCGCCGGCUCUAUCUUGAUGAUGGACUUAUGGCAAUCGCUUUGAUACUCGCUUGGGUCCACGCUGUCUUUUUACAAGUUUCUUUUAACAACGGGCUUGGCCGUCAUGUCUACUACCUGGAGCCCGACCAUAGGUACAAUGCACUCAAAUAUGGAUUCAUUUCUUUGGUAUGGAGUUAUCUCUGUCCUAUGUUCGGCCGUCUUAGCUUUUGCGCGUUCCUUCUCUGCGUUGCCCAUACCGACCCUAGAGCUAAGAAGUGGCCUAUCUGGACAUUCAUUGUACUCCAGGUCUUGAUCAACGUCACGGCUGCCAUUCUUCUCUUAAGCACCUGCGGAUCUCAUCUUGAGGACCUCUGGAUGUUGAACAUUGGAGCCUAUUUUAAGUACUGCUUGGACAUUGAUAUUCAAUCCAACUAUGCUUACUUUGCCGGUGCCUUCAAUACCCUGACGGAUCUUUUCCUGACUAUCCAGCCUGCGAUUCUAAUCAUGCACACCAAAAUGCGGAUGGGAAACAAAGUCGGCGUUGCUUCUUUGCUUUGUUUGAGCAUCAUUGCCAUGAUUGCUGCCAUUGUAAGGACGGUAGCCGCGCAUACACUGAGCGACAUCAGUGACUAUACCUACGACCUUACACCUUUCGUAACAUGGGUUUCAGUCGAGCUCAAUGUCGUGCUUACUGUCACAUCACUGCCUCUGUUACGCCCGCUCGCUAGGGAAACACGCGAGAGGACGGCUAGACUUCUAUCAAUCAACCGCAAGAUUAAAGAGCCCUGGGAUGACACCAUUUCGCUAAGAAGCAUGCACACGGGACAAGAAGAUGUGGAGAGCAAGACGGGGGCUGGUGUUGGCGUGACCGCGCUCGGCAAUCACUCAAGAGAUGGCUUCGCAUCACAACAAGACCCGGAAAGUGUCAUUCGUACCGUCGAAGUGUCAAUCAGCUACGAGAAGAAUGAUUCGCCGUUGAUACAUGCCGCACUGGUUGGCUUGGUGCAAGGACAAGCGAUGGAACGUCUGGCUGGCCGAUGAUUCCUGAAGGGCUUGCAAUUUCCUUUGUCGCUGCUAUGUCUAGCUAAUUGAUGUAUUGAACGGCC